UAGCAAAAGCCAAGACAUCGCCGCCCACAACCAGGUGACGCACGGCUGGCAGUUAGUUCUAUCGCGGCGACAGCGAGAGGCUGUCAAGCACAACGACAGGGAAAUGGCUUCCAAUAAGAAUAACAUAAACGGACAGCCAUCAGCAGGCAGCGCGAAAGGAAACAGGCAAGUCGGUCUUCGCAACAUGCGCCUGAGGAAGGGGAAGCUUCUGCCACCAUUACCGAAGAAUGACAUCAAGAUAAUACUGAAGCCCCGAAGGGACCAAUGCUCAAGGAAUGCCUCAGAACAGAAAUAUCACUAGCGAUUAUUCGGGCUACCGGUACGAUAAUCACAGGAAACGGACCGAACCAGCGAGGAAUCACCGGAGAGGAUUUCAUACUGUGAAUCCGAGAGGGAACGAAUAUCAUCAUCGUAUCCAAACCUUCACUGGAAGUGGUGGACGUCAUUCGUCGAAUCGCGUGCAUGGAGCUGUGAGGAAAGCAACGCCCUUUCAACGUGUACGUAGCGGAUCCAGAUGAUAGCUACAAAGGGGUGGUGCAUGAAUUCCCAGCACACACCGAAUCAGCAGAUCUCCAGCAACACCUGUGAGUCAGGACCCAAGGAGUCACCAUCGAAAGGGCCCGAAUGCUAGGAAGCUCAAAUACCGCUCUCCUCACCUUCUCGGGAGGCACGCGCCCCAAAUGCGUGUACUACAUGGGAGUAGAGAUGCGGUGUACGGAGUACAGGCCAACAAUUCAAAUGUGCCUGGAGUGCAUGCCAGAGGGACACCGCUCGGACGGUUGUCCGAACCCCAAGAACAUAUGCCGUGGCUGCGGACUCGAAAAUGCACCCCCACAAGGACACGAAUGUGAAGUGAAGUGCGCCGUGUGCAGGGCGGCGGGGCACGAGACGCGUCGGUGCCCGAACAAACUGAUUGCCGCCACGCGCGAGAAGACGACUCGCCAGUCUCGAUCGCGGGAGUGGUCGGGACAGAACACCAAAAACGCACCGGGGCGCCGGUUCGAGUUGACGGAAGAGGAUGACUUCUACCAGCACCGAUCGAAAUCCAGUUCUCCACGCGGAAGCAGAGCGAAGAAUACCCCCUUGACGGACCCCUCCAGCUCCAGGACUUCGCAGCGGUCGAAUUCGCCACUGCCUAAACAACAGCAGAAACGCAGGCUGUAGCUGGGUGCCGGAUACCCUGAAAGCAUCGACUGCUCUCAACUUGGGCAGAAAGCUUCAUAAAGAGGCAGACUACAUAGCAAAAAGUGAUCUCGCUAAAGCCCGUUGUCGCCAGACAACGGCCCGGCUGAUCGAAUCCCAUGGCCUCUGACCUCUUCAAACGCACUGCAGCCAACGGAAUGAACCCACCAGCAAGACUACGCAAUACCAGUUCCGACCCUUUUCGUGUGGCAUCGUACUGCCUUGCCGUGUUCGGCAUCCACGUAGAAGACACGAGCACCUAUGUGGUCUCACUACCCAUGCGAGUGCUGAACACAUUCCUCUCGGCUCUCACCAUCCUGAUGACGAACCUGUUUCUCCUGGAGCACUUGGUGAGCUACCUGCACGGUCUCUCAGGUUGGGUGUACGCCAAGUGGCUGAUGGCCGCCAUCAGUGCGGCGCUCACAGCAACCACCGUCAUCGGCAAGGCGUCGAGCGUCAGGCAGGUGGCAGCCUUCUACCGGACAAACUUCAUACCGUGGCGGACUCGAGCCAAGACCAUGGCUCGCGUCAAGUCCACCCUGGUCAUUCUGGUAGUAUGGGCCUUCAUUCUCGCCAACGCUUUCGACUUUGCCGUCAACGGUAUUGAGGAGGACGACAAGAUAUACGCCUUCUUCUCUCGUUCGCCGCUGGUCAACGGAACGUUCACGCCGGACCGGGACCCUAUCAGGACCGGCUUCUUGCGCCUAGAUGCCUUCAUUCGUUGGUUCUUCAUGCUGGGUCCGACGUGCUUUGGAAUCUUCGUGUACAGCUUCAUGGCGGAGCUGGCGGCCGGGAACAUGGACCACCUGAAGCACUACAUUCUGACGCUCAAGCACUCGGACCACGACGACCCGGCCGAGGCUGUGCGCCAGAUACGAGACCUGUACUUCCACCAGGUCAGCUCGGCGCAGGAGCUAGACUCGGCGUUCAGCGGCCUCGUGCUGCUCUGGUACUCAAUGUGCUCCGUCUUCACGUUCGCCAACAUCCGCGGCGCCUACCUCGGCGAGUUCCCGCCCCUGGGCGGCCGUGCCGUGUUCGUCGUCCUUCUCGAAGCGUUCCCACUCUACUGCGUCUUCGUCGGCAUCACGAUGGCCGCCUCGGACUUCCACGACGCGACGAUGGAGGUGCUUACGCAGAUUGAGGCAUUCACGGCCAUCUUGGGCAAGCGCUAUCAGCUACAACAGACCACAUUUUUCCUUGCCAACAUGUGCAUCGCCUCUGUCGGCCUGAACCCGCCGCAACUGACAGUGGGCCGCCUGUUCCCCAUCCGCCGCCUGCUGCUCGCAGUCCUCGUGUUGCUGUUCGUCGCCGCCGCCUUGGUCUCCGCACGGAUGGCACGCAGUAGGGAUGACACGGAGUAGGCACGCUGCGCUGUUGUCGCUGCUGUGGGUAGUUAUAGCAAGCUGCGCCUUCAUCAAAGCCACUCAUCGCCGCCAGUUCUGUGGAAGAUAGGACUGAGACUCCAGUAUCUGACAUCACGAAUACGUUAUCUCUUUAGGAACAACGGAGCUUAUGCGAUCGACAAUGAUUCCGUGCAAGUACUAUUACGUACUUUUGUGCUAUAAGCAUGACCAUGAUUGUAACUCUAAGAAAAGGCAUCACGACGCGCCGCGGUUUCUUAGUGGCUUUGGCGUUACGCUGCUAAGAUAGAAUAAACUUUAUUUUCCAACGGA